AACUUCUGUAAUCUUCAUAUCUUUUACCCUACAAUAAGCGAGCUAUAAGCGCAAUUAAGCAGAGAGCUCCAAAUAUGCCCGUCAGUGAUCAUCAUCUAUUUAUUAUUGUUUAUUAAAAUCACAGAGGAAUAUAAAAUCAACAAGGAAGAUUAAAAAACUUUUCUAAGAUAUCUUCUCGCUUCUUAAUUAUAAUUCAUUUAAUCUAAAUUCCUUGUCGUUCAACCUUACCAUAUAUAUUGAAUUCGUUUUCAUUAAGAGUAUCUUAGUUUAAGGCAUUAUCCUCUGUAUAUUGAAAGCAAGCUUCAGUCAUUCCUUAAAAGCUGAGUGAAGAAAAAGCAGCAAAAGAAGGCAGUAUUAUCUAUAUAGUUGAACUGAAUAGAAUUUAUGCUGCUUAAGUAAAUAGGGGUUUUCUUAAGUUGGAUUUACUGUCCUGUGUGCCAUGACACUUGAAGUUAACCUCUAAUAAUAGCCACAAAAAGGUUGUCUAACGUCUUAAAAUUUGUUUCUACUGCCACUGUGAAAAAUCCAAGAAAACUAUUUUCAUAGCCUGAAGACUAAAUUAUUGUAUGGUUUUAUAAUAUGUUGUUUGUUUGUUAAUCAUUCCAUUGUAUAACUCAAGUUCAUUGACAAUAGUUUAAAUACGGUUUAAAGAGUCUUUUAUACUAUCAAGUAAUUGGCUAUUUGACAGUACACCCUUUUUAAACCUUUAUAAAUAAUGUUUAUGUAAGAGUCCUCAACAAAAUAAUUUAGCUAUACAUAAUUUGAUAGUGUGUGGCAGUUAAUAUGAGUUUAAAAGACAACAACUUGCAUAAUAUUCAUGUUGAUGAGAAACCUUAUUCUUUGAGCUUAUAUAAUGAAAGUUUGUUGGAUAGAAGUCAAUCGACUGAGCUCAGUCGUGUUCAUACUGGGGAUAAACCUUAUCCUUGUAGUGUAUGCAGUAAGAGUUUUGCAGUUAAGAGAAGUCUGAUUCGGCACUUUCGUAUUCAUACUGGUGAAAAACCUUAUUCUUGUAAUGUGUGUAAUAAGAGUUUUACAGAGGGAAGUCAUCUGAUUCAACACAUUCGUCUUCAUACUGGGGAGAAACCUUAUUCUUGCAGUGUAUGUAAUAAGACUUUUUCAAAAAAGAUAGCUCUAACUGUGCAUGGUCGCACUCACACCGGAGAGAAACCUUAUUCCUGUAGUGUAUGUAACAAGCGUUUUUCAGUUAGGGGUCAUAUGAUUGAACACAGUCGUAUUCAUACUGGUGAAAAACCUUACUGUUGUAGUGUGUGUAAUAAGAGAUUUUCACAAAAAAGACUUUUAACUGUGCAUGGUCGCACUCACACCGGAGAGAAACCUUAUUCAUGUAAUGUAUGUAAUAAGAGUUUUGCAGUUAAGAGUAUUCUGACUGAGCAUAGUCGUCUUCAUACUGGUGAAAAACCUUACUGUUGUAGUGUGUGUAAUAAGAGUUUUUCACGAAAGGAGCAUCUCACUAGACAUGAUCGCACUCAUACUGGAGAGAAACCUUAUUCUUGUACUGUAUGUAAUACGAGGUUUACACUAUUGGAAAAUCUAAAUAAACACAAGCGCCGUCAUAUUGAGAAAGAGUCUUAAUCAUUAUAUGAUUUAGAUUUUCUGACUAAGCACAUCAGCAUUCGAAUUGGUGGAAAACCUUAUUCUUGUAGUUUUUCACAAAAAGAGCAUCCAACUAGACAUAGUUGCACUCAUACUGGUGAAAAACCUUAUUUGCAUGAUGUGUGUUAAAAAAAAUUUUUUUUAGUGGUUUAUUUUAAUUGUCCACAGUUUUGUCCAUAUUGCUGAGUUACUAUCUUGUAAUUGAUAUAAUAAAAAAAAAUUGCAGUGGUUUAGCUACCCAUAGUUAUUUAUUUCAUUGUGCUUAGAAAUCAUAUUUUUGUUCUUUAUGCUAAAACAUUAUCGUGAGGAAUGUUAAUUGCGUACAUGCAAAUUGAAAAGUGACUGUGUUGAAGAAUCUUAUUUUUGUAGUUGGUACAAUGAGGCACGACUAAUAUGAGGCAUUUAAUUCUGAUGGUGCUUAGAGAGGUAAUAAAUAGUGUCCUGACCAAAUACU